AUCACCGACAACAAUUCCAAUAUCAAAAUCUGAACCCACCAAACUAUCAACACUAAAAUAGUCAACAGUUACUCAACACCAACAACAUAGGAGGUUGUCUACUGUCUUCUUACCACUUUAAACUCCAUCUUUCCUUCUUCAUUACACUAACUCUCUAAUCCACUCAGUACUACUACCAACAAAGUGGUUGCCAUUUUAACAAGAAACAUUGUAAUUGUAAGAUAUCUGCUUUUUUCUAAUCUCACACUUACUCAAUUCUUUCAAUCAAAUUCAUUUUCUUCUGAUUUAUUUACCAAUUUUAUUACAAAUUUCUGAACUUUUUAAUGGAUUAUGAAGUUGUGUUUCUGGGUUCACUUUCAUUGAUUUAUUUACUUGCUUUAUUGUACUGGGUAUUCCUUAAAGAUUUGAUUAAUGGUCUUAAUUUGAGCUCAUUUGGUCAAUUUAAGAAAUUUUAUACUAGGGUUUCUAGUUUUGGGGAUUUAAAUUUAGUGGGUAAUAAUGGUAAAAACUCAGGUAUAAGAUCUGUUAAUGGGAUUUUAGCAACUGGGUGUUUGUUGAUUUUCUUUCUAAUUUUAGGUUUUGCAUAUUGGUUACUUUCUAGUGAUUUGCAGCCUAAUUCAUUGGAUCAGGGUUUUAGUAUUCCUGGUCCUAAUGAUGCAAAAGGGCAAUGUAAUUUGUUUGAUGGGAAAUGGGUUCCUGAUGAUAGUUAUCCUUUGUACAAUGCAUCUGAUUGCCCGUUUGCCGAGGCCGGAUUUAAUUGCUUGGCAAAUGGGAGAAGAGAUGGUGAUUAUAUGAAAUGGAGGUGGAAGCCUAAGAAUUGUGAUCUUCCUAGGUUUGAUGUACAAGCUUUAUUGAAUUAUCUUCGAGGAAAGCGGGUCGUGUUUGUGGGUGAUUCAUUGACUAGAACACAAUGGGAGUCUUUUAUUUGUAUGCUUAUGUCUGGGGUAGAAGAUAAACGGUUUGUGUAUGAAGUUAAUCAGAAUUCGAUUUCGAAGAAGAUUAGGUUUUUGAAUGUGAGGUUUGAUUCUUAUGACUUCACGGUCGAGUUUUACCGGUCUGUUUUCCUAUCCUGGCUUACCACUCCACCGAAACGUGCACCCAAGAGAGUUAAGUGGACCAUUAGACUUGACAAGAUGGAUAAUGCUAAUGAAGAAUGGAUUGAUUCUGAUGUCCUGAUAUUCAAUACCGGGCACUGGUGGACGAAGACUAAGCUUUUUGAAACGGGUACCUAUUUUCAGGUUGGUAAAUCUCUGAAACUGGGAAUGCCAGUAAGUAAAGCUCUGACAAAGGCUCUUGAAACCUGGGCAUCAUGGGUUGAGUCGAGGAUCAAUCAUAAUAGGACCCAUGUAUUCUUUCGUACUUUUGAAGCUUCUCACUGGAGUGGUCGGAAUCGUAAUGCAUGCAAGGUGACUCGAAGACCGAUGUUGACAACUAAGGGUAGGGACAAAAGCCCUAUAUCAGAUAUGAUAUUGAGGGUUAUCAAGAGUAUGUCAGCACCUGUUACGCCUCUGCAUGUCACUCCCAUGGGAGCCUAUCGCAGUGAUGCACAUGUGGGUAGAUGGAGUGACAACCCAUCAGUACCAGAUUGUAGUCACUGGUGCCUGCCUGGGUUGCCAGAUAUGUGGAAUGAAAUCGUUUUUACAUACCUUCUGCACAAAGAUAAGAUCACCCAACAACAAACUGCAAAGUGAAGGGAAGCAAAAAAUCCGUCAGAAAUCAAAAUAUUGUGUAAAUCCUAGAACUGCGGAUAUAUAUGUUGAUGACACCAAAGGGAUAUUAAAUGAAUGGAAUUGGGAUAUGGAUGGAAUAUAAUGAAAUAGAGCCACUUUGAGGUUCCCUAUUAAAUGAGGCAUGGAAGGGAGCCACUACGAAGAAGUUCCGGGAGUUACGAAAGAAGCUUCGAGCUCAUAUUGGUCAUGGUUUGAGAACGGGAAUGGAACUCUAUCAGAUCGAGUCUCCCGUUGUUCCUCAGUAGCUCAGUGGUAGAGCGGUCGACUGAUUGGUCGUAGGUUCGAAUCCUACUUGGGGAGAUUGGAUUCAUUCUUCAUUCUUUAAUUCAGAAUGAAGGGGCUCGCUUUGACCGUUAAGAGUAGGUAAGUGAGUGACCCCUUCCCUGUUUUUUUUUCUAUCUCGUCGUAUCACAUUCUCAUUCUGUUCUGCGCUAUUUGAAAAUCUCCGUCAAUACUUCAGUGUAGGUGCGGGAUAAUCUUUUGUUCGGGGCUAUUUACAACUAGCCAACUAAGAAUUCUCGGAUGUACUAGCAGUGCAUCAAAGAUGCAGUCAUUGAUUCUCCCGAGAGGCUACAAUUACCGCGAGCAAACAUAAAACAUAUUAAUGACAUGACGAGGAGCACAGGGAGUAAUAUGUAUAUAAAUUCCAGACAGAUGCCAAUUAUCUAUACUUAAAGAUGCUAUAUUGGAGAAAUUCACCUAUAUUGGCUAUAGAAAUUAUGUUGAUUAAUUAAGGGUCUAUGGCAUGCAAGAAGAUUAAGUAAAGGCUGUUCCAUGACAUUUCUCUUUAUUCUGUUGUUUAACAAUCAAUUCAUACAUAUCUUCCUUUCUUCGUGUUAGUAAAGGGUCCAGUAAUAACUACUAAUCAACUAUCCACGGUCUGAAUUGUAGCUUCUGUUUAGUGACUCUAGGCAAGGAUAAUCAUCAUAUGACAAACAACCCUGUAUAUUUUGAAUAGAUGAACUUUCAUGUCUUACCAAAUAAGUGCAUUUCCUGCCAUGCUACAUCUUACAUUGUACUCCGUAGUUGUUAGUCUCCAACAUUGAUUCUGUAGAUUUUCCUGCUUGAGUUGAAAAAACGGUUUCUGUAUUCUGGAAAUUAAUCAUUUGCAUUGCCCAUAUUACUGAACAAUUGGUUGAUUGCAUAAAUUCCUUGUCCUGCAGUAUUGUAUUACAAGUUAUGAGACAGAGGUGCAACCACGCAAGUGAAGAUAAUUAUACAUGUAUCAACGUGUUAAAAUGUUGGAACUUUGACCUGUAAAGUUCGUUCAGUCAUCAACAGUUGAUGUCUUUGGACAUCAGGCAUCUGAGCUAGAAUUGGAUAGAUAGAAUCAUAGAUGCUAGAAGCCACUCAUCCUCGGCAGAUUGUUGUAUGUAUUCUUGCUGUAUCUGCUGUAUGUUUGUAAAUUCUCAGUGGAUAUUUCUGAAAAUUCGUUCAUCUGUGCAUUGUUUGAAGUCCUAUGUCCAUAUCAACUUGGUUAUAUACCUAAGAAUUCAAGUUUUUUUUGUACA